CACCUCUGCACGAGCGAUGCUCUUUUGUGGCCCCCGCUAUCCUUCAUCAUCCUACUGCCUUUCAGCCUUCAGCCGGCGCUUUCAGCUACUCCAAUUAUCGCCCUGGCCAUUUGCCUGGGUGGAAACAGAUCUGCGUCCAUCAGCCCUACCAUCAACGUAGCGACAUUACUCUGCCAUCUUCUUGGAGAUCGAUGUUAUCAUCUGCAUCCUGUAGAACCUAUACCCUACGUAUUGAAGACGCCCUUACCGUGGAAGACAUCACCCACACGCUGGCCCGGUGUCGUCAUGGGUAAAUAGUCAACACCGAGGGGUCUACAGACAAGACAUACUCAAAAGCCUCGAUUCCGACCAUCCCACGCUCCUCACCAUGCAGUCUUUCAAAGCCGUCUUCUUCAAACCAGAUCCUCAAGAACAGAAGAGAAAAUGCGAUGGCAUUAUCCGCAAGAACCUUCGCGGCUUGGAUCGAGACAUCACGAACCUCAAAGUCACCGAGCAAAAGACCAGAAGUUUAAUAUUACAGUCGUCGAGAAGAGCGCAGAAGAACCCAUCGCAGGCUAAACAAGGCGCCGCCGAAGCUCGGAUCUUUGCUCGAGAGUUGAUCAAGGUGCGGAAACAGGCGGCCAGAUUACAUACGAGCAAAGCACAGCUACAGAGCGUGCAGAUGCAAGUCAAUGAAGCAUUCUCGGUACGCAAGAUUGAGGGCAGUUUAAAAGCCAGCACAAGCAUUAUGAAGAACGUGAACACACUGGUCCGGCUGCCGGAGUUGACAGGCACCAUGCAAGAACUCAGCCAAGAACUCAUGAAGGCAGGCAUAAUCGAAGAGAUGGUGGGCGAUGCACUGCCAAAUGAUGAGCUGCUGGAAGGAGAAGACGAAGAAGCAGAGACAGAAGUCGACAAGGUUCUCGGCGAAGUAUUGAAGGGCAAACUCGCUGGUCCGGAACAGCAAAUACCUCAAGUACCGGUGGAAGAAGAGGUCGAGGAAGAAGAAGACCGAGAAGCGGAAUUAGAACAAAUGCGAGGAAGGCUAGAAGCUUUGAAGAGCUGAGGCCAUCCAGAAUGGUUGCUUUGAGCGCAUAUCGGGCGCAUACCAGGCCGAAAGCGUGUCUCCCUGGCCAUUUACUACGAGACAUGAAUGGCGUUGGGGAGAGUCGACGAAUCCUAUAUGGUUGAAUGAUUGUUGAGAUCUGUCAAUCACUCAUUGAUUUGUAAGAGUGAAUCUAUACUCCCUGUCACUAUCCGUAUGUCUG